AUGUCUCGUUUUCCUACACUUUCGCCAAACACAAUGGAUUUUCUUGGUAAUCUGGAUCGGCAAGAGAAUGGUUUACCUGAAAAUCAACGAAGAGAAUUUGAAUUGGCUGUGGAAACUGAACUGGAAGAUGUACUAGAAGCAUUCAAUGCUGAAGUUAAAAACGUUCCUAAUCAACAAUUGAAUGAUGCGCACUUAAACAAUAAAUAA